AUGGUUGAAAACUCUCCAUCUCCGCUCCCUGAAAGGGCGAUUUAUGGGUUUGUUCUCUACCUUGGAUCACAGUUUGCUUUCUUUCUGUACUGUUUGUGGGCGUUUGUACCAGAUGAGUGGCUUCAUUCAAUAGGGCUCACUUACUGGCCCCAAAAAUACUGGGCUCUUGCAAUUCCAUGCUACCUGUUGGUGGCACUAAUGGUCUUUGUUGUUGUGCUGUUCGGAGUGAACAUGAACAACACAGCUCCACUGGACUCUGUGGACAACGUCACUGAUGUGUUUGCACAAGGACAGAAGACAGAAAACUACAGGAAGGGGGGAAUACCCCGACUGAGGGAUGUCCCCAUCAGUGAAGUCAACAAAAUGUUUUAUUUAUCACCCGAGCCUUAA